AACCAGUUAGUGACAGAAUCAUAGUCUUGAGGAUGCAGGGAAAACCAGUCAAUCUGUCAAUCAUUCAAGUUUAUGCUCCUACUACAGAAGCGACAGAAGAAGAAAUUGAAGGGUUUUAUGAAAAGCUUCAAGAAACAGUUAAUAAUUUACCAAAAAAAGAUGCACUCUUUAUUCUUGGUGACUGGAAUGCAAAAGUAGGAAAAGAAGAGACUCCAGGACAUGUUGGAAGAUAUGGUCUUGGGAAAAGAAAUGAUGCUGGGAUACGACUAGUGGAAUUCUGCAUUUCAAAUAACCUCUUUAUUGCAAAUACAUAUUUCCAAUUACAUAAACGAAGACUAUAUACAUGGACAUCACCAGAUGGAAAUUAUAAAAAUCAAAUUGAUUAUAUAAUAGGUAGCAAGAGAUGGAGGAAUGCAAUCAAAUCAGCAUGUACCAGACCGGGUGCUGACUGUGGGACUGAUCAUGAACUCCUUAUCUCAAAAAUAUCAUUACAUUUGAAAGCUAAGAAAAAAGGAAGUGAAAUAAUGGGAUGUUAUGCUAGAGAUAUCACCCCAUCUUACAUCUCAGAAAUAAAAGAAGGUCUCAAAACAAUUAAUACAUCAGGAAAGAAACCUGAUGAAGUCUGAGAGUCUUUAAAAAACACCAUUAAACAUACUGCUGAUAAAUGCAUAGGAAAGAAGAAGGAAAAUAAGAAAACGCCUUGGCUGUCAAACAAAUCUUUAGAAAUUGCAAAUACUGGGAGACAAAUGAAAAUUAUAGGAGAUCGUCAAACAAUUAAAAAAUUAACUGCAGAGUUCCAAAGACAGGCUAGGAAGGAUAAAGAAGAAUAUUUUAAUAAAUGCAAAGAAGUUGAAUUAAAUAAUACAAAAGGACGUACAAGGGAUCUCUUCAAAAAAAUUAAAGAGGUCGUUGGAAAAUUUACCCCUAGGCUUGGUAUUUUAAAGAACACACAUGGAAAGGAUUUAAUGGAAGAAAGUGAAAUAAAGAGAAGAUGGAAAGAAUAUACAGAACAACUUUAUAAAGCAGAUAAUAACAUAGAAGAAAUAAUUGAAGGAAGACAUUUUACUUUGGAACCAUCAAUUUUGAAGGAAGAAGUGGAAUGGGCAAUCAACCAAAUUUCAAUUGGGAAAGCAGCAGGAACUGACGGAAUUCCAGUGGAACUGCUCAAAGCAGCUGGAGAGGAAGGAAUUAGAAUACUAACAAAGCUAUGCCAACAAAUAUGGGAAAAGAAGGUUUGGCCAAAGGAGUGGAAGCAAUCCAUUUUUAUACCAAUCCCAAAAAAUGGCAAUGCAAGAGAAUGUUCCAACUAUAGAACAAUCGCACUAAUUCCCCAUGCAAGUAAGAUUCUGUUAAAAAUAAUACAGAAGAGAAUUGAGCCAUAUUUAGAAAGAGAAUUGCCACUGGAACAGGCUGGAUUUAGAAAGGGAAGAGGAACUCGCGAUCAAAUUAGCAACAUCAGAUGGAUUCUAGAAAAGGCAAAAGAGUACCAGAAGGACGCCUUCUUUUGUUUUAUAGACUAUAGUAAAGCCUUCGAUUGUGUGGAUCACUCCAAGUUAUGGAAAGUACUCAGGAGCAUGGGAAUUCCUGAACACCUUAUAUCUUUAUUGAUGAGUCUUUACAAUGAACAAGAAGCAAAAGUAAGAACUCUAUACGGAGAAACUGAAUGCUUUAAAAUUGAGAAAGGGGUGCGACAAGGCUGCAUUUUGUCUCCAUAUCUGUUUAACUUAUAUACUGAAUAUAUCAUGAGAAUGGUUACUACAAAUGAAGAGUCCAUUGGUAUCAAGAUUGGAGGCGAAACUAUUAAUAAUAUAAGAUAUGCAGAUGAUACCACCCUUUUGACAGAAAGCAAAGCAGAUUUAGAAAAACUUAUCAUAAGGGUAAAAGAAGAAAGUGCUAAAUUUGGUUUGAAGCUAAAUGUAAAGAAAACUAAAGUAAUGUCAACUAAAGAGUUAAAAGAUUUCAUUGUGGAUGGUGAAAGAAUUGAAGUGGUAGAAAGUUACAUACUUUUGGGCUCAAAGAUAGAAAGGAAUGGAAGUUGUGAAGGAGAAAUCAGGAGGAGAAUUAAUCUUGGCAGAACAGCCAUGGCAAAUCUCACCAAGAUAAUGAAAGAUAAAGACAUUUCCAUUCAUACUAAGAAAAGAAUUGUAGAAGCAAUGGUUUUCCCUGUAACAUUAUAUGGCUGUGAAAGCUGGACUCUAAGGAAAAAGGAAAGAAAAAUGAUAGAUGCAUUCGAAUUAUGGGUAUGGAGAAGAUUACUUAGAGUUCCAUGGACAGAAAAGAAAACAAAUAUCUCAAUUUUAGAAAAAAUUAAGCCAAGCUUCUCCUUAGAGUCAAGAAUCUUAAAACAAAAAUUGACCUACUUUGGACAUGUGAUGCGUAAAGAAGUUUCCCUAGAGAAGACUAUUAUGCUGGGAAAAGUGGAAGGUAGAAGGAAGAGGGGAAGGCAACGGAUAAGAUGGA